AUGUCGUCGUAUCUUAAUAAUCUCCUCACAAAUACAACAUCGCGCUACAACAACCUCCGGCGGCAGAUCCUAUCCGACGAAGCAGACGGCGAUACAGAAGACGACUCGCAUCUUUCCAGAGUUCUUCGCGCGUAUUACACAGAGAAAGGAAGACCGUUUCCACAAUGGCUUCCACCGGACCCAAAGGCGCCGCAGCCUGCGCCCGCCCAGUUUGCAUCUUCUCAGUUCGCGUCUUCUAGACAGCAGGCGCAGGCACAGCCAGCGGGCAGAGGAGGAGGACUGAGCGAUCUAUGGGACAACCCUGCGCCGCAACAACCACCGCAAGAGCCUCAGUCACUUCGACGAGGAGCAGGAGGACGGGGUGGAGCAGCGCGCCCACUACAAGGUCGGCCCAUGGGCAAUUCGUUGACACCGGAGCCUCAAAUACAAGGGAGGCCACUACCCAGUCAGAGAGCAGGGAGCUAUCAAAGCUCGUUGGGAGGGCGUCCACAGGCAGAAGCCUCACCACCACCAAGUGCAGGGGCAGGAUCAGGUACAUCGGCACAGGAAAGGCUCAAGGCCAGGUUAUGGGGACGAUCACAAAGUCCUGCCCCACGUGGCCUCUCUUCAGAAUCCGCCAACUCACAGUCGGCACAGGGUGGGCGCCCGCCCUAUCCUGACGAUCGAAGCAACAGCUAUGGGAGCACUGGCAGUGCUGGUGGGAGACAGCAGGGCUCCUUUGGCGGCAUGUCUUCGAAUUCUCCAUGGAGCGGAAAUGACGACCCCUACGCGCCACAGAAUGGAGGAUAUGGCGGUGGCGCACCUCCACCGCAACGCGGGCCACAAGGCGGACUUGCCUCGAAAUCUCAUCCCCGCAUGACUUCCUCGGCCCCUGGACCGCCAUCGCCGUCGGCCAGCUUCUACGACUUGAGCGACGAUGAAGAGGGCGAAUACAACACGAUCCGACAUACUAGCAGUGAGAAAGGUGUGAAGCUGUUAUACACAAAGAGCAAAGUAUACGUACAUCCCUCGCCUUCCUCAAAGGACAACAUCCCAGGCUUUGUCGCCUUGGUGCAGCAGAAGUCCAACCGAACCGCCAGCGAUGCGCGUCCAACCUCAUCCUCGUCCGCUCGAAGCGUGAACGCGUCAUCGCUGCUCCUCGCUUGGAUACCAGAGUCAAACCUCGGCGAUGCAUACGAUACAUAUGUAAAAGUUGACCUGUCCGACUCGUCGUCACCACCAAGGCAGUCAUACCUUGUGCCUCCGCCUCCCACACCAUCCACCCACGCCGGAACUCCCGGCUAUGCAUUCGCGUUGCCUGUCAGCGAGAUAUACUCCGUCCUCAUACGGCCACCGAGCAUCGGGUGGUGGUUCGGAAGCGUCGUCAUCAACACUCGGGCGGGUGACAGCUUUCCUGCGCUCUUCUUCCACGAUAGCGAGUGCCAGUCUACCAUCAUGCAGCGGAAGAAGUUGGCCAAGGAAAGCUUCGAUCCGUUUGGCGAUGGCGGAGGCAUGUUCUGGGGCGGCGACGAGGUACUGAGAUGGCUCAAGAGAUACGUCACAGUUGAACGUUCUGGAGCCGAUCCGAGCAUAUACCUUAUCGACCCUUCAGAAGACGACAAGAAAUCCUUUGGCAAAGACGUCGCACCAAGGAAGAGCACCGAAGGCAAGACAGACGCGUCGUCUUCACAGCAGACGGGCAAACGAGACGGUGGUAUGGAUCCGGUCACAAAGGCACUCAAGGAAGCUAGAUGGAACUUCCUCGAAAAGCUCAGCCAAGUCACGACGUUCACGCGGAGGACUGCCCAGGCCGUGGCAGACAACCCCAAGAUUCCUCCUCAGGUUAGGCGCCUGAUCCAGAACCCCGAGGUACAGACGUUGCAAGAGGAGUUUGACAGCGCACGGUUAUAUCUCGCAAGAUGGGCUAUGGGCAUUGCGGAACAAAGCGAGCGUGAGCGAAACCAGCGGAUCUGGACAGCGAAAGAUGUUCUGGCCAUGGAAGAAAGUGAUGUUGGUGACUUUGAGAUUCUUGAUAUGGACAAGAUGACCAUGGCCGACAGAAGACAACCAGUCACUUUGACCGAGUGGAAAGGCUUCUUCGAUCCCAAGGGACGGCUCCAACUGACUCCAGACGAGGUCAAAGACCGAAUCUUCCACGGAGGCCUAGAUCCUGAUGACGGCGUAAGAAAGGAGGCAUGGCUGUUCCUUCUCGGAGUAUACGAGUGGGAUAGCUCAGAUGAAGAGCGACGUGCGAACGUCAACAGUCGGCGAGAUGAAUACAUUCGACUCAAGGGUGCUUGGUGGGAGCGCAUGGUUGAGGGAAACCAGAACGAAGAGCAAGAAGAGUGGUGGAGAGAACAGAAGAACAGGAUAGAGAAAGAUGUACAUCGCACAGACCGCACCAUCCCAAUCUUCGCCGGCGAGGACAUUCCUCAUCCCGAUCCCGACUCGCCUUUCGCGGACGUGGGCACCAAUGUUCAUCUGGAGCAGAUGAAGGAUAUGUUACUGACAUACAACGAGUACAAUAAGGACCUUGGCUACGUUCAGGGUAUGAGCGACCUGCUUGCACCCAUCUACGCAGUCAUGCAGGAUGACGCCGUCGCAUUCUGGGGCUUUGUUGGAUUCAUGGAGCGUAUGGAGCGCAACUUUCUACGAGACCAGUCGGGCAUGCGCAAGCAGCUCAUGACUCUCGAUCACCUCGUACAGCUCAUGGACCCCAAGUUGUAUCUUCAUCUUCAGUCUGCCGAGUCAACAAACUUCUUUUUCUUCUUCCGCAUGUUGCUUGUAUGGUACAAGCGCGAGUUUGAAUGGGCAGAUGUACUGCGGUUGUGGGAAUCGCUCUGGACCGAUUACCAGAGCAGCAACUUCCACAUCUUUAUUGCACUAGCUAUUCUGGAAAAGCACCGAGAUGUCAUCAUGGCACAUCUACAGCACUUUGACGAGGUGCUCAAGUAUGUCAACGAACUAUCUGGUACUAUGGAUCUCGAAUCAACGCUCGUUCGCGCAGAGUCACUCUUCAAAAGAUUUCAACGAACGGUAGAGACGAUCGACAAGAAGGGUAACUUUCCCUCUGCACCACAAGCGCGGCAACGCAAGUUGGCUGCUGCAGUCGUGGCCGGUCCGGGACCCAAUACGGUGGCAAAUGCAUCGAAAUCGAAAGACCAGGCGGUGGCCUCGGGCACAGACAAAGGAAAACAGGUCGGUGAAGAGGAGCAGGAGGCGAGAGUCAUCAGCCCUGAGCUACGCGCACUACUGAGUAGGAAAGUAGAGAAGCUCGACAAGCAGACCAUCUUGGAGCAUGGUGGUGGCGUUGGCAAGUAA